ACCAAAAAGAAUUUGAUGGAACUCACUCUUUGUUUUAUCAAUAUCUUGAUUUUACAUUCUUAAUCUCCAAAAAGGAAGUUCAGAACACAAAGAUUUUUACAACUGUUCAACAAUUAUGCAUACAAAAUCUCAUUCCACGCAUGAGCAUAUAUAAACAGAUGCAAGAGCAUCUUCUUAGUCAACAGCCUACGGGCGUUACUGCCGGUUUCACCUUCGGCGGUCUACCUUUCCCUCUUUUCGCUCAGGGAGCUGGAGGCGGAGCUGAUGCCGGAGGCGGAGCUGAUGCCGGCGCCGCAGCCGAAGGAGGUUUAGCCUUCUUCGGAGGAUGUCAGCGAGGUCUUCCAGUUCCACCGGAGCUUUUCGGAUUUGGAGGUGGCGCGAAAGGAUCUCUUGGCUUUGGUGGACGGCCUCGACGUCCGCUCUUCUCUGGUUGGAUGGCGGCUAUGAUGCACGUGAAGAUCAAUCGGAGGAAAUUAGACAAGCUGAACAUCAUCAAAAUCUGGUAACUAUUUUUCUCUGCACAAUCAAUUCAACGAACUCAGAUUUUCCCCUUUUGGUGACUUUUUUUAUGUAUAUAUAGAGAUGAUGAAGAAGAAGAAGAAGAGGGAAUCAGAUCUAAAGAUCUAUAGAUCUGGAAAGAUGAAACCAGGAGCUGGCUUCGUUAAGGAAAAAAGAAAAAAAGCCAGGGGAA